AUGGCACUACAGGUGAAUUGGAAGAAGACCGAAGAGCAUAUUGUCCACAGCACCCACCGCAGCAUGCACACCAGCUCCCACCACAGCACCCACACCCGCUCCCACGCCAGCACCCACAACAGCUCCUUCAACAGCACUCACACCAGUACUCAGAACUGCACCCACACCAGCAAUCACACCAGCACCCACCACAGCACUCAGAACUGCACCCGCACCAGCAAUCACACCAGCAACAGGUGUACAGCCCUGCAAGUUUCCUUUCCGACCUGA